AGUAGGCGGCGCCAACACUCGGCGUAGACCUCUCAUAGAGAAGAAGAAGAAGCGCUUCAACAGGAAAAACAGCAAUCACCAGGGAUCAUCACAAAGAGAAGAGACGGGCGGCGUUUUGUAUGCUGACAGGGAUGGAGGAGUACACCUCUGGGGAUGAUGGCAACUUCAACACUGACGAGACCAGCGUCUUGGUGAAGGAGUGUAUCGAAGGAGUGAUCGGCGGAACGGACUAUAACCACAACAAAGUGAACCAGUGGACCGCCAACAUCGUUGAGCAUUCGCUGACUCAUCUGGUGAAGCAGGGUCGCCCCUUCAAAUACAUCGUGAAUUGUACCAUCAUGCAGAAGAGCGGUGCAGGUCUCCACACAGCCAACUCCUGCUACUGGGACACCACUACAGACGGAAGCUGCACAGUCCGGUGGGAGAACCGCACCAUCUACUGUGUGGUCAGUGUGUUUGCUGUGGCGAUGUGACAGCGGCGCCGAGCUGCAGACGCUCUCCCUCCAAGCGCCGUCAGCUCCGAAGCCGAGAUCAAAGCGACGCCAGGUCCAGAGACGAAGUCCUCCCGGGACUCGAUUUCUCCCCUCGGGCAGCUCUGCGUAUGUGAACUGGUGUCCGUGUGGAUGAAGGUUAUUUUCAGAAAACCGGACUGGUAGAACCUAUCGUCAGUCAAAAAUAAAUGACAGUCUGCAACGCUAAUUGGUCUCAAUCCUCUUUGCAAUAGUUGUACUUUCUUAUUUAUAUUUAGAAAAUGCUAAACGUCAUGAUACCUCAUUGAAGAUAAAAAGGUUAGACUACAUUUCCUGAUUUUGCACAACGCAGAAAGGCGUAGAAGAAAAAAGCCUCGUUUUUGUAAAUGUUAAUUUACUAUAAAGUGUUUUCUAUUAGUUUAUAUUGAGGUUAUUUGUUCUGUGCAUGUAGUUCAGAGGUCUUUUCUCAUUUUCUGGGUUAAGUUCCUUGAAUGCAGCUUCAAAACUAUUGAUGUUCAGUAAAUAAAUGUGAUUGUCCAUAUUUUA